GUGCCAGGUUGUGUGUCAAAUUAUUCUCAUUCUUUAUGCAAGUUAAGCUACUUAAUAAGCUUGCAUUAGCGGAAGCAUUUGGAAAAGGUGGUGGCAGUGAAGUCUUAACCGACUUGGUUGAUGGUCUUGAGGAACCUGGAUCACAUGCGUCGAGCUGCAGUUUUCAUUUGCUACGAAGCAGUUCUCCUCCCAUCAUCUAUCGAUUUCUAAAGAGCUUAGAGGCAGGUUAUGCUUUUUCCUCCCCUUUAUCUCACAAAGCAAUCAGUGAACCCAGAAUCAUAGUGAAGACAAGGACAUACAAGUGGA